CUGCUGUUCACUGAGGGCUGCCUGCCUGGGGUUUAAACAAGGACACAAACACGCCGAGCCGCUGAGAUUUCCAUGGUUGCUGUGUGACUGACCUACCAAGUCUCUAAAGCAACAUCACCAUGAAGGUUUUCUUCCUGCUGUGCCUGCUGGCGCUAGGCGACGCCAAACCCUACCAGCCAAUCAACGUCAUGGACUUCCUCAGAAACUAUGACAUCAUGAUGGGCGAUGCAGACGAUGAUGAUGACAACAACAUCGACGACGACGAUGAUGAUGAUGAUGAUGAAGAUGAGGACUGCCCGGCCGGCUGCCAGUGCUGGCCCAGAGUGGUGCAGUGCUCUGACCAGGGUCUGAUCUCUGUUCCUGAGAAGAUUCCUGAGGACACAGUGAUGAUCGACCUCCAAAACAACGACAUCACUGAGAUCAAGGAAGAUGAUUUCAAAGGCCUCAAUACAAUCUAUGCCCUGUUCCUGAUCAACAACAAAAUCUCUAAGAUCCACCCCAAGGCCUUUAAGAACAUGGACCGUCUCAGACUGCUGUACCUCUCCUACAACCUGCUGACGGAGAUCCCUGCCAACCUGCCUCGCAACAUCCUGGAACUCCGCUUCCAUGAGAACAGGAUUGCCCGUAUCAAGAGGGAUGCAUUCAGGGGCCUGAGAAGCCUAAAUGUGCUGGAGUUGGGCGCCAACCCUCUGGCCAACAGCGGGAUCGAGCCAGGAGCUUUUGACGGCAUGUCGACGCUGUAUGUGGGCAUAGCAGAGGCCAAACUAACUGCUGUACCAAAAGACCUCCCAUCCUCCAUCACAGAGCUGAGCUUGGACUACAACAAGAUCGCCAAGAUUGAAGUAGAAGACUUCAUCAGAUAUAAAAACCUUCAAAGGCUGGGACUGGGUUUUAACCAAAUUAAGUCUGUAGAGAAUGGGAGCUUCAUCAGCAUCCCCAACAUCCGUGAGAUCCACCUGGACAACAACCGCCUGAAGAAGGUCCCGCCCGGCCUCAGCUCCCUGCGCUACCUUCAAGUGAUAUACCUCCAUGUCAACAAAAUCAGCAGUGUGGGAGUCAAUGACUUCUGCCCCGCCCAGCCCAGUGCCAAGAAGAACCUGUACACAGGCAUCAGUCUGUUUGCCAACCCUGUGAAAUACUGGAACAUCCAGCCGGCGACCUUCCGCUGCGUGACGGGACGGAGGGGCGUUCAGCUUGGAAACUUCAGGAAGUAG